AGAAAACUGUGUGACAGAAAUGUUUUUUUCUGUUGUCCUAUCCUGUCCUAUCAUCUCACGACCCCUUAGAUUAAUCCAUCGACCCCUUGUGGGGGUCCUGGCCCCCAGUUUGGGAACCACUGAUGUAGAUGACCUUGUUUGUCAAUUAAGCCCACAAGCAAGUUUCCCUUAAAUAAAUCCUGAAAUAUUAAAGAAUACAGUACAGUCAGCAAAAUGCAUUACCCCCGAUGUGUUAAAAAAGCAUACAUAACUAUAUGAACUGUAAUAUUUUCAUUCAUCCUCAUAAACUUCACCUUAACUACUGCAUAGUAGUUCAGCACUUCACUGGAGAAAACAUUUGUUUCUUAUAAAUAUUCAAACUCAAGACAUAAUUUAUGUGACUGUACCAGUGUAUCAGUUGGAAAAUUCUGCACAUGCACAAAGUUCUUACUGAAUAGUUACCUGCUAUCACUAUGCAUAACGGUUUACAAGUCUCAACAAGAAAGCAACCAAAUGCAAGGAAAAAAUAAAGAAUUGGCAACUUAAUAUUCUCUCUCUUUGUUUACCCUACCUUCAUGACGAGCCAGUAGCUGAAUAAUAGGUGAACAACAAUACUAGGAUAGAAAGUCUAACCUGUACUGUAUUUUGUGUAUCAUUUUAUACACAUUUCCCUUUUUUUCCAGCCUGGCAGAUGUCUUUGGUUUCUUUGUAAACAUUGGUACCUUGACUGGAAUUUCAAGUUAAGCUCUGCAGGCUUGCACCUUGUAAUAAUGGAUGAUCUGUGGAAGGAUUCAUAGGGUUUCAAAGGUCAAAAGGGAAUCAAUCCAAAGAUUCUGUCUAAUCUCUGGGACGUUACUGAGACACCGUUGAAUAAGGCAGCUUACGCUCACAUUGGCGUCGGUUCUCCCAUCAUCCGCACCAUAAAUUGACUGGGAGCCCUUAAUCUGCUGAGAUCAGACAGAUUGGAAUACUGAGAAUCUUUACAUUGCUCCACAAAUAUCUAUAAAUAUUAUAAAACCUUUACUUUUACCAUAAUUCCAAUCAAGUUACUUGAAAUUGUUAAUCAGAUUUGUUGGUUCCUUGAAAAGAUAAUUCUGCACAUGGGCUUAAAGUAAAAGUUUUUGUUUACUUUUGUUACUCUUUGACCAAAUACACGUCUUUACCUCAGAUAUUGGUAGAAGAAAUGUGUCUCAAGUUUGAUAGUUUUUAACAUUUGUCUCUAUGAGUUUUUGUGAGCAACACUGAAAAACAGCUAACUAACCAAUAAGGACAGAUUGUUUAGAUACUUGUUCCCCAUUUAACUGCAAUGGCACAGCAUGGCUCCUUGUUUAAAUCGGGCACAGCUCACAGGUAGAUCAGGCUAAUAAUAGCAGUUCUGAAAGCUAUUAUUAAACACCAGACAACCAACACAUGCCAGUAAAUAUAUCACGACACAUCCAAGGCUGUUGCACAAAAAAAAACACAAUGAUUCCACUCAUAGAGAUGAUCCCUAAUAACAAAAGGAGAAAAAACUUAAUGACCCUGAUUUAUUCUCCCUUCUGAGUCAACUGAGACUUGAUGGCUUGGUUUGUGGAGGUGCAGAGGGGAUUAUCAGCCUACUACUAUCACUGACAUGUGGCGACUGUGUUGUAUGUCUGCCCCUGUGAUUUGGCUGGCUGGUAUUUUUAAACCUUUUGUAGCCCAAAAAAGCUGUCUGAUGAUUGCUUAAAUGGAUUACAAAGCAGGCAACAACAGCAACGAAGUGGUUAAGCCCACAUGAUGCACAGAGAGAGGCUGCAGGUAUAAAAAAGGGAGAACAACUGUUGCAGACCGCACUCUCCACUUACUCCGACAAACACUACCAAGAUCCCAGACAACUGAGAAGAGGUAAGACGUCUUCAUGGAUGGAUGGAAUGAUGAAAAGAUGGAUGGAUGAAUAGAGUGCUGAUACUAAUGAUGAAAUACUGAAUUUUCACUUGGAGUAAGAGGCAUGAUUUUACUUUUUUAAUAGAAUUCACUGAUGAGGAAAAACUACAUGAGUAUGAGUACGCCACUAGGGAAGAGCCAGAAACUCUUCCUACUUUAAACUGCAAAUCAGUGUUAUCUUACACUUUGGGGUUUAGUGGAAAUAGUUAUAGUCAUCCUAAUUUUAUUACUGUUCAUUCUAUUACAGACAAUUAAAAUAAGAUCACAAUUUCUCUAAAUAUCUUAAGCUUAAUCUUUGUGCCAAUGCAUCAGCCGGGCCAUAAAGGGUCAAAGUUGUCUGGGGCUGUUGUAUAUUAAAGUGGACUAAAUGACUGACAGUAGGUGGGUUUGCAGGUAAAUGUGCUAAUCUCCCCAAAUUUCUCUUGUAAGACAGUUCAGAACCACAACCCUGAUGUAGCUUGGAGGUGCAGACACAUAUUAGUUUAAGUGAUAAUGAUUUUCACUGUGUGAAAUACAGAUACAAGAUACAUUUCCUCAGUUCAGUUUAGAGAGACAAAUCUAGAUUAUCUGCAGCCAGCAUCAAUUAUGCUAAACUGAGCAAUAAUAACAACAGGAGAUUAAUACAUCACCAUAUUAACUGUGAAAUAUAACAAGUGAAUAGAUAUUAAAGAAGAUAUUAAAUGUUUAAAUAUACUUGAUAGUUUCAGCAAGGUGGUUGCAAAAAUACAAGAAACGUAUGAGUGAUGAUUUAGUUCAUUAGCAUUUAGAUUAGCUGCUAAGCAGUUGUGCGUAUUUACUAGAUAUUUCACAAUAAUUAGCAAAUCAAAACUGACAGAUGGUGUCUGUACUGUACCUCUCCAUGGUGCUGAAAUUCAUAUGCUGGUCAUGCUCCUUAUUCCACACAGGUGUUGUAGUUUGAAAGUUCUUUGUGAAUAGUUACCUGCUAUCCGUGUGCAUGAAGAAACAAGAAAACAACCAAAUGCAUAGAUGUAGAAUAGGCAACUUAAUAUUCUCUCUCUUUGUUUAUCCUAUCUUCAUUACAAGCCAGUAGCUGAUCAAUAACUGAUCAAUACUAGGAUAGAAAGCCUAAACUAUGCUGUAUUUUGAAAAUUGCUGCACUGCCCAGAAACCAACUUUUAUAAUGCAGUCAGUGGCCUCGACUUCUUUAUUUUUUUUUCCUCUUACAUUUGUACAAAGGCUUUUUAGAAAGUUUGCUGCACAAUGUUCAUUACAACAAUUUAGUUUUUACUUAACAGACUGUGUUUCAAGAUAAAUGCUGCAGUAAAUAAGACCAAACAGUCUCAGGACAGCAGAUGGUGCCUUUAAAAGUGAACUCAUGGCACCCCAGUUCCUUUUGAAAUCUUUCAAUAAACAACCAUUAAACACACACCUGCAGCACUGUUAAACAUUUUGAAAAGCUUUCUAAUCCUCAUUACAGAGCUAUAGAGGGCUACAGUCUGGAUUUAGUGUCUUAUCAUGUCCAGGAAUACUAUAGCAACUGAAUGAGUUUUAUCCAUUUAACAGUCCUUGAAUAGUCCACUCAAGCAACAGCUUUGCCACUAUUACAUUUGAGGGCAACACCUUCUGACAUAAUCGUGUGCAAUGUAAAUCUGCCCAGGAGUUUACUGCAAGACUUGCGUCCAUUGGAUUGGUGCCAGUUAGCAGAUACAGAAUGAUAACAGCUUUAGCUCAGGCAUUCCAACACUGAUGGUGUAAUCUUAUCGCAAAGGAUUAACCUUCCUUGCCCUUAAAACAAAACAUCACUCUGGCUGCCAGCGAGCUGACAGUUGGUCAAGGAUCAAUGGCUUAAUCACAACGUCUGACAGAUGCUGUGACCUCCUAAUAACCUAAAGUUAUAUGUUUUUUUCUUCUGUCCCCUCAGAACACUUCUCAAGAUCCUCCAGAUAUGGCAAAGUAAGUGUUAUUUUCCUGUUGUUAUUUUCUUUCUGUCCCCUAAAAGUACCCUGAGUUGUGCUCUCCGUACUGGUUUCAAACUGAAAAAUCAAGGCUUAAGAAAAGAUAAAGACAGUUAUGGUGUAGCUCUUCACACUGUAAUCUCCCCCAAAAUACCUGUUUUUUUUUUCACUAAAAAGAAAUGAAAAGAACUGUAAAGCUGACACUAGAAAACUGUGUUACACUUUUUUGUCUUGGAGUUGCAGACUUUAACCCAGGUCAGCCAACUCCUCAAAGUGACAAGGGGUUUAAAGCCUUUAUUUAAGGUGUGUGAAGGCUUAGUGGUGUUGGUCCAAAUGUGGUCUCAGACCGUAACAUAAUGAGCUAUUGGCGAUAACUCUGGAAAUCAGUGAUUUAGGAAACCAUUUGUGGCUACCUCACCUGGAGCAGCCUCUCAAUCCAGGCAAGAUGAGGUAAAGCUGCUUCACACGUUGCUAUUCCUAACUGGAUAAAAGGGAAUAAGGGAUUACUGACCCUUCUGCUGCUUGCCAAGGUGACUACUUUACCUCCAGAGUCUAAAACUAAUCAUUAUUUUAUCUGGUUAAUCCAGACAACUCUAUCAAAGGUCACACUCUUAUUUACACACAAGUUGAACUUGUACCUCCUGUACAAUUAAAAUGAAUGUUAUGAGAAGUAAUGAAUGAUGGUGUUUCUCUUUUUUUUUUUACAAAGGAUUUUCAAGAAGACCAGCGGAAACGGAGGGGUAAGUCUUGAGUGUUUUUCAUCAAUUGAAAAUGAGGGAAACAUACUUGGAAACAGACUCACAGUCAACAGGAACACUCAGCUGUUUUUUCUUUCCUUCUGUCUUACAGCUGACCCUCUACCUGGGCAAGAGGGACUAUGUGGACCACAUGAACACAGUGGACAAAGUCGGUACGUUCCUUCCUCAGUGUGUGUUUGUGUGUGUAUGUGUGUGGAUGAUGAAUAUAACAUUGUCUGUCACUUCACAGAUGGUGUUGUAAAGCUGGACACAAAAGAUUUUGGAGACAGAAAAGUAUUUGUGCAGCUGGCAUGUGCCUUCCGUUACGGUAGUGAUGACCUGGACGUGAUGGGCCUGAGCUUCAGGAAGGACAUCUGGAUCCAGCAUGUCCAGAUCUACCCUGAAAGCCACAAGCCCGCCUUGAGCGAAAUGCACGACACUCUGCUGAAGAAGGCUGGAGACAACACAUACCCAUUCACUUUUGAAAUUCCUAACAACCUGCCAUGCUCGGUGUCUCUGCAGCCUGGACCUGAUGACAAGGGCAAGUCUUGUGGUGUUGACUUUGAGGUCAAAACUUUCCUUGCCAUGGAAAAGUGUAGCGCUGAUGAGAAGAUUGACAAGAAGGACACUGCUCGCCUUAUCAUUCGUAAAAUCCAGUAUGCCCCAUCUAAGGUGGGCGCUGGGCCCAAGGCUGAUAUCUGCAAAAGCUUCAUGAUGUCCGACAAGCCUGUUCAUCUAGAAGCUUCAAUGGAGAAAGAUCUCUUCCUCCAUGGAGAGGCAAUCCCAAUCAAAAUCAAAAUCAACAACGAAAGCAACAAGACAGUGAAGAAAAUCAAAAUCACUGUGGACCAAACCACAGACAUCGUCCUCUACUCAGCAGACAAAUACACCAAGACUGUUCUUUCCCAAGAGUUUGGAGAGACAGUGGAUCCUAGUGCCACCUAUGAGAAUACUGUAUCCAUCACCCCCCUGCUGUCUGAAAACAAGGAGAAAAGGGGGCUGGCGCUGGAUGGACGACUGAAAGACGAGGACACCAACUUGGCCUCCACCACUAUGGGACAGGGUGUAGACAAAGACAUGUUGGGAAUCCUGGUUUCCUACAAGAUUAAGAUUAACCUCAUGGUGGCCGGAGGAGGCCUGCUGGGCGGCCUCACUGCCAGUGACGUCACAGUGGAACUGCCAUUGAUGCUCAUGCACUCCAAACCUGAAGAGUAAAGACUUCACAUCAGUUGUCUUAAAAAAACUCCCCUAUAGUCAAGAGAGGAUGAUGCCAUGGAGGUUGAGAAGAUACCCACAGAAAGACAGGAAAACAACGAAGGGAAAUGACACAGAGCAAAGAGGAAGAAGGAUAUGACUGGUGUGAUGAGACCAAAUAACAAUAACCGAGAAACUGAAGAGAACAACCUUUUCAACAUACCAAGAAUAUACACACAGAUGUCCUGUCAGUCCCCUCACAGAUGUUGUUGUUCCUGUUCUUGUUGUUUGAAUGUCACUUAGCUGUAAAGGGAGUAUUUCGAUUGCAAAAUACAGUAGUAUCCAACAUUUAGAGACCAAAGAUUUACAGUAGAUACACACAUAGAUACACAAACGUGUACGAAACAGCUGACUUCAGAAUGUGAAUGGGGAAAGAUAGGAAAUCAGUUUGAGUGCUUUGGAUUAAUGUGAUUCACUGAAAAUCAUUUUGAAUGACACUUUGUUCUUUCUUGCAAAAAAUACCUGGCAAUGUUUUUGACUGGCCUCAUCAAAUACCUCAAAAUACAAUAAAACCUUUAAAAACUGAAUUAUUUUGGUGUGGGUUUGA